AUCGUUGGUGCUGACGGCGGGAUAACGUUUCAAAAUGGCGGCAGAUUUGAGAGUGGCCCGGGACGGUUGGGAUGUCCGUUAAACUGUCGCUCGUGCGCGUGCUAGCUGCAGGCUAUGCUGCACAGAAACUAAAGGAAACGAUUUAAUACUCGGAUUGUCAGUCAGCCCUGGGUUAAACUGAACGACUGCAGUCGUGCAAAUUGAGGUAAUUAUUUGUGCAAAAUUGUGAAAUGCUGGGUACUUCAAAGCAAGACCUGAAAUUUUCUACGUGAUCCAGAUAAUUUGAUGGAGACUUCUGAAAUGUCUGUGAUUAUUAACAGCCAGGGGCAAGACUUCUUAGCUGAGUGGACAACGAAUGCUACUCGUGCGGGAGUAAUACUGAAUCCUCCUCUUAGUUUCAAUGAUGUGUACACCUCCCCUCAGGAGUGCGGAAGUAUAAAUGACUCGUUCACUACUGAGUUUGCUCCACUACAAUUCUCAAACAACAGUAGUUGCUUCAGCUUAGAUUCUCUUUGUAAUGAGCCUGUUUUGGCAGUAUCCACGCAGAAUGGAAAUGAACAACCUGUUUUUGAUGGUGCAUUGUCUUCAGAUCCUUGCCCAAAAACAACACAGCAUACAAUUUCUUCUCAAAAUGGUUUAUUAUCCUGUAACAAUAUGGCAGGGAAGUAUGCUGAUGUAUCUAAUAAUGACCUCAUGCAAAGACUUGAACAGUUAAGAGAGUGGCAACAGGAAAGGCAAGAGCAACUGAAGAAACAGCAUCAACAGCAGCUCCAGCGAUUGGUAAAUAAACAGCAAACACUACUUGGUCUUAUGGGUACCCAAGGAUACACAGAGACUUUAAGUAGCUUGGAUGAUAUUGAAAACAAUAUUCCAUUAAAAGUUGUCCUGCAACAAGAAGCACACAUGGCACAAGAGGAUGCUUUCCCUGAGGGUGAGAUUGAAGUUCACUGUGAAGAAAGUUCUGAAUCAACAUCUUCAAGAGAACCUUUUAAUAUACAUCAGAGUAAUAAGGAUUCUAAAAGUGGAACAUCAAUUCAAAGCCAAUCUGAAAAAGCUUAUUCUGAUGAUCUGCCAUCCUUUAACACUCUAGAAGAAAGACCAAUCAAGCCUGGAGUCAGUGGAGGAAAAAAAACAUUUGAAGAGUUCCUGGAGAAGCAGAUGAAAAUGGAAGAACAGAGACUGCAACAACAGCAACUUGAACUGAAGCAAUUACCGUUACUUCCAGAAUUCUCUGAGGAUAAAGGCAACAAAAAUAAGUUUUUGAAGCGUGGUGAAGGACUAGCAAGAUUUUCAAAAAUCAAGUCGAGUAAUGUAGCUACUAUCAAACCCGAUAGGGAAGAAAACCUAACCGACCAGGAUUCUGUAAGUUUAAAGAAGCCAACUUGUCAACCGAUGCUGAGGAAAUUGACACUUUUAAACAAGGAAAGACAUAAUACCGUCUCAACCAGGAUUGGCAACAAACCAAAGGCAUUUGGACAAGGAAAGAACUACUCUGCACUGUGCAUUAAAAAAGUAGCUGUCUCAGGAAAUUGUAAUGAAGAUGAUGUCUUCCAGUCACCUCGGCAGGCAGAGGAAACAAUACAUGCAUCCGAAGUUCAUGUUCAAAAUGUCUAUCAAACAGGUUGUAUAAAUGUGGUUCAGGAGUAUGAACAAAUAAAGACAAAACGAAUUGGACAAGACGGUAAAUCUCUGCAAAAACUAACAUCAGUAUGUAAAGCUGAGAGAUUGCAAAAAAGUGCAGAAAAUAUACUUCCCACUUGCCCAACUGAAAGAGCAAAAAGUGGAGUUGAGAAUUCAUUAGAGAGAUCAUUUCAGAAAAAGGUGGAGAACUGGAACAAGGACAAUGCAAAAGAAAUCGUUGAAUUGAAUGAGUUUGAGUUUUUGGAGCAGGCAGCUGAAGAACUUUCCUUCUCCAGUAAUUCUUCAUUUGUGCUAAAAAUGGUACACAAUGAUUGGCAAUAUAACAAAGAUCGCAGGUUGUCCUCCACCCCAAUAAAAUCUGUUCAUAAAAUGCUUGAAAGUUCACGUGAUACAAAGCACACCAGAAAUCUGGCUAAUAGGGAUAAGGAAAAUGUUAAAAGUAAUUGUGUGGUAUUAGAGACAAAUUGCAAAAGUAUUUUUAAUCCACCAGUCAGCAAUGAAGCAGUGAAGCAAAAUGUUGAAAGUGAUUCCCAAGAAUAUCAGUAUGCUAUUAGUGACACCACUUCAGAUUCAGAGGGAGAUCUUGAUUGUACACUGACAAAUGACAAUAAAACACGGGUGCAGUCAGUGAUCUGCAGUAGUGACAAAGAAGAUGAUCCUAAAUCUGUGUGUGGAAAACAACCAACGGACAGUUUCAACAAAGACAAGAAUAUGGACACGGAUCUUGACCUGUCAUCUGAUGAUGGUGACGAUGAUGGUGAAAUGGUGACUGUGAUAGAAAAAGAUAAACUUGGGUUGAGCCAGAAAGCAGAUUCCUCUCUCUUUUACACUGAAAGCAAAAUCAGCACAUCUUUGCAUCAAGAAAAGGUUGAGUUUGAUGAUGACCAAACAUGGACUGACCAAGAUGAAACUGAAUUCAUUAAGGUUGAAGAUAGCUCAGCAGUGCCUGUCCAUACCUCUGUAUUAGUAACUCAAAGUAUCUCUUCCAGUAAAGUUACUGAGGACAAAGUUAUGAGAAGAAAAAUUGCUUCUGCUAAAAAAGAGAUUGAGUGUGAAAACUAUUUGAACAAAAUUGAAGAAUCCCCUCCUACAUCGGAUCUAAUCACAAGAUUAUUUCCUUCACUGAAACCCAAGUCAAAGCCUGAGUCUCUUCAAGGGCUGGAACAGAAAUCUAAAAUCGUGAAUGACAAACCAUCAGGUAGUGGUGUCCAGUCCAAGUUGAUGCAAGAGAAACUAUUAGAAUUGGAAUUUGAAAUUAACCAGUUUCGAGCAGAAAAUACUUCACUGGCUAAACUCCGAGAUGAUAAAGAGAAAGCAAUGAAGGACCUUAGUAAAGAAAUUGCAGACUUUGAACGUAAGAAAGCUGAGGAGCUGACUCAGUUGGAAGAACACAAAAAAGAAGAAUUAAAACGACUACAAAAAGAGCGAAUGGUUUUUGAAAAGUACGCUGCAGCAGCAAGAGCUAUUCCUGACAAAAAGGAAAGAGAAGAGAUAAAGGUUCUGAAACAGCAGAUUGCAGACUUGCAAGAAGAACUGAAACGAAAAGAAUUAAGAUGGUCAAGUACUUACACAAGACUUCGAAAUCAGAUUGAUGCACUUACUAAGGAAAACCAAGAGCUUCAAGAUGAGGUUAAGGUAAUGGAAAGACUUCGGUUAGAAACCUGGAAGAAAACUGACACAGCAAUGGAGAAGAAAGCUGAAAGCUCUCUACCACAGCUUACGAAAAUGGAAGUGGUCUCAUCAGAUGUGAUGAAAAAGGAAAGCGAUCCCAUUCCCAAACAGACAAAUGGAGGCAGAAAUCCACAAGCAACAGGAAAGAAAAGUUCACAUAGAAAUGAGCAGACUUUCCCGAGAAAUGUUAAAUUGAUUCAUCCUGUGAAAAUCACUGCUGCUAUAAUGACCAGGAAUGGCUUGAAGGAAAAUUCAACUUUAAUGAGGAAUAUGGAAGACACUAAUGUGAAUGAUCCUGCAGUAUCUGCAAUUAAUCUUUCAGUGCCAUGUGAAAGCUCACUAAACCAAGAGCUGGUUUCAGCACCAGCUAGUUCGGUCGAGCAGGUAUUGAGAAGUGGACGACAUAUAAUUAUCUUCUCUAAUGGUACGCGGAAAGAAGUGAGCACAGAUGGGAAGACCAUAAAAGUAACUUUCUUCAAUGGGGAUGUAAAGCAAAUGAUGUCUGACCAGACCAUAAUAUACUAUUAUGCAGAUGCACAGACAACACACACAACUUAUCCUGAUGGACUUGAGGUUUUGCAAUUCCCAAAUAAUCAGAUGGAGAAGCAUUACCCAGAUGGCAGAAAGGAAAUCACGUUUCCAGACCAGACCAUCAAAUACUUGUUUGCAGAUGGUCACGAGGAGAGUGUGUUUCCCGAUGGAACAAUAAUACGUGUACAGCUUGACGGUAACAAGAUUAUUGAAUUUAAUAAUGGGCAAAGGGAAAUACACACACCAAACUACAAAAGACGAGAAUAUCCUGAUGGAACUGUUAAAACCGUUUAUCUAAAUGGCCAGCAAGAAACAAAGUACAGCUCAGGAAGAGUACGAAUAAAAGACAAGGAAGGCAAUGUAAUCAUGGACAGUAAACCUCAUUGAUGUUUUUUUUAAUGUACUCAACAUUCUUUGACAUUAAAAAAAAUACAAUUGUAAAGAUUUCAUGCUUGUAUUUUUCAUGCAAAUAUUUGUAUUAAAAUGUUAACCAUGUGCUUCUUUAAAUGUUUAUAAUAAAUGUACUGAAUUAUUUAUAUGUUAAUUAUGGAAUUAAGGUAAAACUACAUGAAAGUGAACCAAGUAACGAGUCUGCAGUCUCCUUUGAAGCACAUUCAUGAUAUUACCAAACAAUGUUGCUGUAACAAGUUCAUUUUUUAUUAAAAGUCCCUACAAUUUUAA